ACAGGGAACAACAAGUUUAAAUAAUAUAUUUUAUCGCGCAAGUAGUUAACGUAUUACCAACCGUUUAACUACUAACAAUGGGAGUACGACAUUUAAAUGUGUGCUUUAUUGUCAUAUUAUUAUUAUCAUCAAUUCAAUAUAUAAAUACAAUUAGUAUUGAUUUUCUAUAUCCACAUGGAGCUGGUAUUGACACAUUAUUAGCUAAAGGAUUUGAAGUAUCAUCGGAACGAAUUCAAUUAAAUGUGCCAAUUAAAUUUUAUGGACAAACCUAUGAGGGACUUUAUGUCAAUACAAAAGGAUUAUUAUCUUUUGAUACGGACAUACCAAUUUUCAUCAACGUCCAAUUUCCAUUAGAUUAUGCAGUUAUUGCUCCAUUAUACACAAACAUCGAUACAAGAACCUCAGGUUUUGUAUCGUACAGAGAAACAAAUGAUUCUGGUAUUUUAUAUCGUUUCAAUAUUAAUAUACAUAAUUCAUUUUCAAAUUCAACGGACUUUGAAGCGACCAGUGUAUUCAUAGCAACAUGGUAUGAAGUUGGAUAUUAUGCAAAUCAAAAUGAUAAAGUGAAUACAUUUCAAGUAGCUAUUGGAAGUAAUGGCAAUAAUUCGUAUGUAACAUUAUUGUAUCCGGAUACUGGUAUACAAUGGAUCCAAGCACAACGAUCUGAAUCUGGUCUACCGGAUGCUAGAGCACAAGCUGGAUUUAUUUCUCAUGAAGGGCAAACAUUUCUUCUAAAAGGAUCUGGAACGGAUCAAAUUACAAACAUAAAUAAAUUAACAAAUACAAACUUACCAGGAUUGUGGAUGUUUCACAUUACCAACGAAAUCGAACAACCUGAUAAUUUUAAAAAUGAAUUGCCAACACCUACAGCCAAAGAAAAUACAUGUUCAGUGGGGUAUAUAACAUGCCAUAGUAAAGCAAGAUGUGUUGACUUGGAAGGUGGAUUCUGUUGUGUUUGUAAUGAUGGAUAUUUUGGAAAUGGUAAAACCUGCUUAAAAAAUGAUAUUCCAAUAAGAGUAAUUGGGAAAGUUAGUGGAACGAUUAAUGGCGAGCCUCUAUCUCAAUUGGACUUGCAUUCGUAUAUCGUAAUGCCUGAUGGUCGUGCUUACACUGCAAUAUCAAGAAUUCCACCUAUAAUUGGUAACGAUAUGCCAAGUUUAAAUGUAAUAGGACGUGUGAUAUCAUGGCUUGUAGCAAAACGAACUGGUGGAGUUAAAAAUGGCUAUGAAUUAACUGGUGGAGUAUUUAACCAUACGGCAACUUUAACAUUUCCAAAAACAGGAGAUAAAGUGAAAAUUACAAAUAGAUAUCACGGUUUGGAUGUAUUCGAUCAAUUACGUUUAGAAACUGAAAUUAUUGGAACAAUCCCACCUAUACCACCAGAUGCAAAAGUAUCUUUAUCGAUAAUUGUUGAAGAAUUUAAUUUAGUUGAAAAAGGAAGACUUGAAUCACGAUCGGAUCAAGUACUUAAAUUAAAUAAAAACAGUGAAAAGAUUCCGUAUCAUGUAGAACAAACAUUCACCUUCGAUACAUGCCCAUUUGAAGAUCCUACGAAUAUUACUGUAUUCAAAAUGAAAACAUCUAAAAUAUUUAUUAAAUUUGAAAAUACAGAGAAAAUUAUUCGAUAUGGAACAAGUAGCAAAUUAGUUCCAUUAGAAGAAGAAGAUCCGUGUUUGUAUGGUAUGACAACUUGCGGCGAAAACAGUUAUUGUUUGGUUGAGGGUGAUUCAUUUCGAUGUAUUUGUGAACCUGGAUAUCAAGAAAUUUACGAUCCUCAAAAUAAUGUUAUGUGUGUAGAUGUUAAUGAAUGUUCAACAGGAACACAUUAUUGUGAUAAAAAUGCACGUUGUUUGAAUGAAGAAGGAAGUUUCACAUGUGAAUGUAAUCCAGGUUACAGAGGUGAUGGAAGAAGAUGCGAAUUAGAAGAAGAAUGCCCAGAUACUUGUGAUGUACAUGCCACUUGUGUGAAGUCCGAUGGUUACAGUCGGUGCGAAUGUAAUCCUGGUUUUACUGGCAAUGGAUUGAGUUGUCAAUCACUUAGCAAUGAUAAUAUAGAUAAUGGAGAGGAUUGUAGAACUCUGAGUAAUUGUUCACCUUACGGAGAAUGCGUUGAAAUACAAGAUGAGGUUUAUGGAUGUGAGUGUUUACCUGGAUACGUCGGGGAUGGUGUGAUAUGUAAUUCGAAUGAUACGUCUAGUCCUACUGAAGAAUAUUUACCACAAGAAAAUGAUCAGAGUACAACAACUACAACUGAAGCAAAUGUUAUAAAAUAUGCUAAGCAAUGUAGUAACGGACAAUGUUGGUGUCCACCAGGAUUUCUAGAGCGACCAAAUUAUUGCAUUCGAGACACGGAUUAUGUAGAACCAAGUCCCCCAACUGAGGCUACUGCAAAUUUAAAUGAAGAAAGUGGGCAAUGCAACGUUUUAAAUAACUGUCAUCCUGAAGCCCAAUGUGUUUACAUUGCAAGUUUAAAUCGCUACCAAUGUCAAUGUAAUGCAGACUAUGAAGGUGAUGGUUUUGAAUGUGUUCGACAAGAAGUUGAAUCAUGCAGAGAAGCAGAGAAUUGUGGCGAAAAUGGUGAAUGUGUUUUUAAUCCAGAGGAAGGUAUUGAUAUUUGUGUUUGUUUAGAUGGUUUUGUUGGAGAUGGAUACACUUGCCUUAAAGAAGAUGAUUGCUCUACGAAGGAUGAUUGUGGACCAAACGCAGAAUGUGUUAUUUCGCCAUACACACAAAAAUACGAGUGCAUGUGUAUGGAUGGAUUUGCUCUUGAUAAAAAUGGAACUUGUCAGUAUUUGGAUGGCACUUGCGGUGGGGGUACAUGUAAGGAAAACGCUGAAUGUUUAUACGAUAAUAAUUAUAAAACAUAUUAUUGCCAAUGUAAUUCGGGAUUUAUUGGUGAUGGAAUAAAUGAAUGUCGACCACAGCCAGUUGAUUGCAGUGUUCAAAAUAAUUGUGGGCUUCAUGGGUAUUGCGAAUACGAUUUAUUAGUUAAUGGUUAUAUUUGUAAAUGUGAGUUUGGUUUCUUUGGUGAUGGUUAUAACUGUAGAUCAGAAAAUACUUGUGAAGUCGAUCCUUACAUUUGUGAUCAAUACGCCAAAUGUAUUUUGGGACCAGAAAAUAAACAUGUAUGCCAAUGCAGUGAUGGAUUUAUUGGAAAUGGUAGUUAUUGUAAACCAGCUCCAAAACUUGAUAGUGGAUUUUUAUUAGCAAGUCAACAAAUUGCUACAUUGAGAAUACCCUUCAAUGCUAAUAAAAGAAAUCGUGGUAAAACAAUUAACGUGAAAGCUAACCAAUUUGCAAUUGCAAUUGAUAUUGAUUGCACAGAGGGUCGAGUUUAUUGGAGUGAUAUUGAGGAAAAGAAAAUUAAAAGUUCAGCAUACGAUGGAUCAGAAUUUAAUGAGUUUCUAAUAUCUGGAAUUGGUUCCCCUGAAGGUAUAAGUAUCGAUUGGGUAUCACGUAAUAUAUUUUGGGCCGACACAUCUACUAAAACCAUCGAAGUGGCCAACUUGGAAACAAAAUUAAGAAAAAUUUUAUUCUCACAAAAUGUAAUAAAUCCCCGUGGUGUAGCUGUUCAUCCUUAUCGUGGCAAAAUAUUUUGGUCAGAUUGGAACAGACUGGCUCCAAAAAUUGAAUGGGCAAAUAUGGAUGGAACAGGUCGUGGCAUAUUUUUAAAAGGAAAUUCAGUAUUGCUUCCAAAUUCUUUAGCAAUCGAUUGGCAGACAGAUCAAUUAUGUUAUGCAGAUGCUGGUACUCAAAAAAUUGAAUGCGUUAAUAUUGAUACUAGAGCCAGCCAAACAAUUACAUCAGAGUGUAAAUAUCCAUUUGGAUUAGCUAUAACACCCUCGCAUUUUUAUUGGACAGAUUGGCAAACACUGAAAAUUGAAAGUGUUGACCGAGCUACAUUAACAGAGCGUAAAUCAUUAGAAGUGCCACUUGGAGGUUUUACUAAAUUAUACGGUUUAGUAGCUGUACCUGAAAGAUGCCCACCACAAGCAACUGUUUGUCAAUUUAAUAAUGGAAAUUGUUCACCAGGCCAUAUAUGUCUUCCAAAUGGCAAAGGUGGAAGAACUUGUGUUUGUGUUGCAGCUGAAAUUUGUAAUGAUGUUUAAAUUUUGUUAAAAACUUAACUAGAAUUUCGUUUAUCAUAAUUUGUGUAUCUUGUACUUUGUAUUAUUAAAUAUUCCUUAGUAAUUUUGUAAUUUAAUAUUUUAAAAUCCAUUAAAUUAAAUUAAUUUAAUGUUUUCUUGCUAUGUUAAGAAUAGUUUCUCUAAUUGUAUGUUAUGUACGAAGCUAAAUAUAGUUGUUUAAG